UGCAAAUGUGGCGCCAUCCUAAUUUAAUACAUUUUGACGACACUUUUUCAUAUACACAGAUGACUCGCCUUACCUCUACUCUCCAUACUUCCACGGUUUCAACGUUCUCCACAGACUGCUAAAUAAUAACUAUACUCGUUCCGUUCUCGUUCUGUAAACGUGGAACUUGUAUACCUAUUAUGGAUGUACGCAUAGUAAUCUGCUAUGGUUCUUCAAUAUUGCUCAUCGGAAAAGCAUAACCUAACUUCGUAACGAUAUUAAAUAAAACCCAGCGUUAUUAUUCGUCUUAAGUACGUUAAGUACGAGUAUAUCAGGAAUAUCCAUAAAAAUGGGAGAUAUUAUAUGGAAAAUGUUUGAUAAGGACACAAUCGAAAUAAAAGGAAACGAUAGGAAAGUGUUGUGUGUUAUAUGCGGCAAUAUGAUACCGUACACAAUAAUGUCGGACCUUAAACAACAUUUGAUUAAACUUCAUUCCAAUUAUGUCAAUGUGCUGGAAUUGCAAGCCCACAAACCGCGUGUCAACGUGUCGCACGUGUGGAAACAUUUCAAGCGUACGGACUGUAAAUUUUACGCUGAAUGCAACUAUUGCAAUAACAAUUUUUCCUACAAAACCACAGUCGCCAAUUUGAAAAAACAUUUGAAUCGAGUGCAUCCUGAUAUAGAUGCGAAAGCGGAUGUUAUUAAAACAGACACAAACGGAGAAGAUUCUGAGGAAAGUCGUUCUGAAGAAGAAAGUAACGUUAAAGAUGAUUUGUCUACAGUGACCAAAAAAGCUGUAAGUUUAUCUCAUGCCCAAGCUCAUAAUGAUGAUGGGCAUAACGGAGACCAAGAUAAACUUGCGAGCAGUAUUAAAGAGGAAACGGAUGACGAAUCGGAGCAAACGCAGCAGAAAGAGACAGAUGAUGUGUGGACCUACUUCGAGAAGAUUCCAUCCAACAGAGCGCGAUGUAUCCUCUGCAAGGAGACCUUCAACAGGCACACGCCCUUCCUCAGUAAACAUAUGACUGACAGACAUCGGAAAGUUGUUUUUGAUUUAUCAAGCGAUUCUGACGACGGCGAAGACUGUUACACAGAAGUAGUAUACCUAGAAGACGAACAACACGUAGCUGCUGCGAACAAAAACAAACCGAUAAAACGGAAAUCGGAACCAAUAAAAGAACGAAGGCACAGCUCUACAUAUAACUACGUGAGAAAAAUAAAAGAGAACGCACAAAAAAACGAAAUGGACGAAGAAAUCGAAAACUUCGGACGCUAUGUUAUCGGUCUAUUAAAAAAAUUACCCAAAGACGUCUGCACGCAAUUACAGAGGGACAUAAUUAAUAUGAUAAUGACAGCUAAAUUAAACAAAAUGGCGACGCCGUUGAGCGAAACCAUCAAUGUUAGUAUGUGUAGCGUCCAAGACGGUGUGGUGCUAACGCCGAGUAACGUAAUCGUCACGACGCCCAGUAACGUUAUCCACGCAGGUCCAAGUAACAUGAGCCUUCCAUCCCUAGAUACCUAGUGAUUGGUAUUUAAUUUUUUUUUUAUAUAUUCAACUCACGAACAUCACUAAAGUCAGUAUUUUAAUGCACUGAAGUAAACUGACGUUUAUGGUGUAGUGUUGUGACAAAGAGUCAAAUGAAUUACUUAAAAUGAGUGAGUUAAUUAACUUAAAAGAGUAAGUGACAUAAUUUAAAAUUAAAUCUACCUAUAUUGCAA